AUGGUCAAAUCUGCAGAUGUCCAUGAAAUCGUUUUGAAACUCUCAUCUGAUAAGGCCAAAGCCCGUGAAGAAGGGAUUAAGUUGUUGAAUACAUGGCUAGAAGGAGAAAGGUUGAUUGAGUUCUGUAAAUAUAUGGGACGCAAUACAUCCAUGCUCAAACCUCAUGAGGUACCACACGCUAAAACUUGGCCUUUUCUUGUUAAAUUGCUCACUGAAGCUAUAAAGUUGGAGGUGUCUGCAAGUAAGAAGCGGCUGCCCAAGUUGGCAUUUGCAAAGACUCUUAGAAUUGUGGUACAACGAGCUGAAGAUGGAAAGAGUUUACAUCUUCUCCCUGUGGCAAAAUCACUUUUCAAUCAUAUAUGGAAGAUUUUAAACGAUGUUCCAAGCUUCCAGUCCGAAUAUGGAAUUAUUCUACGACAUCUUUUGGCAGUUAAACAUCUUCAGUUUCACUUGAGAAAGAAUGUAUACUCUAGUCUGGUGCUUCUGUACAUGGAAAAGGUUGAGAUAAGCUUGAGUGAACGCAGUACCGGACAAUCAAUUAUUAAGGAGGAGGUCUUUCGGUGCAUCCUCACACUUCAUUCACUUCUUGAUAGUCCUCCUGGAGAUUUUCCUGAUGAUCUUCGUGUGGGAAUAACAAAAGGUUUUAUUGAGAUUUUCUCUAAUUUAAGGGAUGAGGGGAAGAUUUUGCGCAAAUUGGUUGAGUGUAUUAAUACAUAUUUGAUUAGGGAUGGUCCAAAUAUGGGCAGUCGAUCUUUAGAAAUUCAUGAUGCUGUGCAUCAGUUUCUAUUUCGUGUUUGGGUAACGACUCAUGAUCGUGGUCUGAAGGAUGCACUUGUUUUAUACGCAAGGUUACAAUUAAAGUUAGCAAGAGGAACUACUGAUGGCAGUGUUUUAUUGGAACAACUUUUGGAUAUAAUAGGAAAGGAACUAGAUCAAAUUAGUACCCCCACUACCAGUCUGCCAUGGAAUGAUACAACAAGGGAUGAUAAGCGAGGUACAUUAACAAACUCACAAUCCAGUUUGAUGGAUCUUGCAGCUAUUGUCUUUUGUCGGGCAUGCCUUAUUUCAUUUAAAGCGCCUGUAGCUGAUAAACGAGCUAAAAGGGAGAAUACUGUUGUCUAUUUAAGCGAACAAAUCAUCAAAGGGAAGUGGUCUUGGAAUGCAGCAUUUUGCUUCCUUAUUCGCAACUACUCUAGUCGCAUUAAGCAUGAUCAUUUCAUCUACUGGUUUGAAGGAUUAUCCACAAACUUUGAGAGAAUAAUGAACAAAGCAACCAUGGAGCAUGCUUAUGAUGGUCUUCUGUGGACUCUACGGAGUCUUCAAGGACUCUCAUCAGUACUUCUACGUCCUAUUUAUGGAGUGGAGUGCUCAGCAAAAGUGGAAUUUACCAGUAAUCAGUUGUAUAGAGGCUGGCAUACAAUAUGGAACACUCUACUGCGUGGUUUACCAAUGUUCAACAAUGUUACAUCAGUUGCAGAUGCUGCUCUUAUACUCCUUGGAAAUAUUAAUUUGAGUGAUCCAAUGAACAACUUUAUUGUAGCUCAUGAUGUAUGGGAUCUUCGGUUGUUUAAAAAUUCUCCAUCAGUGUCUCUUUUACGCUUCAUAUCGGGUUAUUUUUCAAAGAAAGGAUCCCAUGGUGACAUGCAGGACGUUUUACAUCUGAGAAAAGAUCUCUUAAGGACGGUUAUGGGCUUACUUAACUGGAAGGGACAUAUGGUGUUCAAUGAGCAUACAGUCGUACUGUUGCCCGCAGCUGUAUUCUCUCUUUGUGCUGGUUCUUCUUGCUUUACAAAUUGUGAUAAAGGAUGUUCUUUGGCUCAUCUUCUUGUAGAUAUCCCUGUAACCAUUGAUGACAGCAUUGAGGUUGAAAAACUAGAGCAGGAAAAUUCACAUGAUUUGUUCGAUUGCUUUAUGGAAGUGCUUGCUGAAGUUUUUCUCGAUUCUCAUUCAGAGGUAGCCCAGUCUCCAAGCCACCAGAAGGUGCGUCUCCCCCGUCAUUUAAGGGAGUCACUGCUUCAUGAAACGGAGCUCGGAAUUCUUGAGGUUUUGGAAAACAAAGAGAUUGAGAAAAUGAUUCUCUCAGAUAUUUUCUUCAGAUGUGCUCUUUUGUCAAAUUUCCUGUAUGGUUCAUAUGUUACAAGGUUGAAAGAAGAAAACGUUUCUUUCUUCUCCGAAGUUGGUCAGUACAUGUUAGAAAUGCUGAGUCAUGCUGUUUCAGUGAUUGAAAAACGUUCCAGUGAUAUUCAGUGUGGUAGUCAUGGCUUAAAUGCUGGUCUUGAGGGCAUGGACUCCAUUCAAACUUCUUUAAAAUGUUUUAUUGGUUCCCCCCUCUUUAGCUAUCAAGAUGGUGGUGGUGAUUGUACGUUUUAUAAUGAUAUUAUCUGGUCAACCAAAAGACUUUUGAAGGCUCUGACUAAACUAUAUGAAGAAGUUUCUGAUGGCACACGUAAUCCUCAGUCUGAGAUAGAUCAAUCAGAUUGGCCAAAUCACAAUAAUAUGACUGUCUUGGAUGCAGAGCUUGAUGAAAUUGAUGAUUUAGAAGAUGUUGAUAUUAUGAGUAGUGGUGGAGAGAAUUCUCGAGUGUCUCCUACUGUUAAAUGGAAGCUGGAAAUUAUAUCAUUAAUCUCAAGCUUUUUUUCGGUUCUUCCAGUUGACACAUGGGAUGUUUUGUUCAAUUUGAGGCAAACAGAAAGUGAUCAAAGGCUGAUGGAAUGCCUUAUGCUUAACCUUUGUGAACAUCCUUGCUGGUCCUCUUGUCAAGGGUUUUCUGACAUGGUUUUAUCACUGGACAACAUGGUUGAUAGGCUUUCUGAUGUUAAGCUUCAGCCAACUAAGAUACUGACCGCUAUAUGUGGCCUGUUACAGACGUUGAUGUCAAACAAAGUUACAAAGGAAAAGAAUCUCGGUCAUUCUAUCAAAUCAGGAUUAUCUGAACAGGUGGCAUCACAAACUUCCAUGGAGCUAAUUCUAGAGGACGACUCUCAGAGUUUGGUACCACUGGGUGAUCUUGUUAUCAAAAUUGCAGAGAAUGACCAAUUUGAUUGGUUAGGCCGCGUGAAACUCAUUGAUUGCAUAUGCAACUUUGUAUUACUUAGUCCUCAAAUUGGUCAGGGCAUGGUUGAGAAGCUGUUACUUAUGCUCCGAGAUCCUGAUUUCCGUGUUCGAUUUUCCCUAGCAAGAAGAAUUGGUGUUCUUUUCCAAACGUGGGAUGGCCAUGAUGAGCUCUUCCAGGAUAUACUGUCAAAUUUUAGUAUAAAAUUGGUGGUGUUAUUUAAGGAUAAGCUCGUUAAAGCCAAUGAGGUUUUAGCUGCUGGUCAUCAACCACGCCCUAUCAUGGAAACCAUCAUUGUAACCCUUGUCCAUCUUGCCCUGCACAGUGAGAAAAUUGAGUUGGAGGCUGUUUUUAUGAUCUGUGUUAUUGCUGCUAUUGAUUCCUCCCAGAGGGAGCUGGUUGCUGCUGUACUUGACAACCUUUCUAAAAAACUACAAUACAACUCCAGAUCAGAGUACAUUGGAGAGCUUAUUGCACCAAUUAUUUUCUUCUGGGUCCAGUGUGGUGUAAGCUUGGCUGCAUUAGUUGAGACACGUGAACUUUUUGUUCUCAAUGUGGAAGCUAGUAAUUUCAUUCAAUAUUGUUGCCGUUGGCUUCUUCCAGCUUUGGUUUUGCAUAACGAUGUUUCCAACUUGAACUGGGUUGCCAAGGUUUCCGGUCAAUCUUCUGCAGCACUUAUUAAGAGUCACUUUGUACAUAUCUUUUCAGUUUGUAUAGCAUUACAUUGCAGCAAAAGGUCUGGGUGGGAAUCUGGAACAGCAGCACUUCAGAGUUCAAUAUUAAGUAUCUCUGGGUUAUCUGAGAAGGAGCGGGACACCCUUAUUAAGAAACACAUGGUUUCUAUUGUCAGUUACAUUUUAUCACUUGCUUCCCGGUUAUCAGAACCUGCAUUGCCUUUCUUUACCAAGGAUACAAUUCAACGUGCUAUUCAAACAGUGGUCGAUGGUUUCUUGAACAUGGAAGAAGCUCCUUGCAGCAUGGUUGUAGUGGACAAAAUCAACAUUUUUCGCCCCGAUAGAGUUUUUAUGUUCAUACUUGAAAUGCAUCAUAAAGUUACAGCGUCUAUUCACCAUAGGCACAGAUGUAACAGGUUGUCUGGUAUUGAGGUGCUUGUUAAUGUUCUUGGACAUAGAGCUGCAGUACCAAGCACUUCCAAUUAUCUUUUCACCUUAGUGGGGCAAUUCAUUGAUUAUGGUCCUUUACAAGACCAAUGUUGUCAGAUUAUCUCUGCAUUGCUCAAAACCCUUAAAGACAACCAAUCUAAAUAUGGUAUUGAUGUGCUUGGUGAACAACUUCAGUUUCUGGUAUCAAAGCUAGUUGAUUCUUGUAUACCCUCAAAAUUUGAUAUUAAACAUUCCCUCACUCAUCCAUCUGAGGCUUUAUCACUGCUUCAUGAGCUUGUUGUGGAUUCUGAUCCGUCUCUUCAUAAGCAUAUCAAAGAACUUGGGCCCUUUCCUGAAUUUGAUAUAUUUGAUAGACUACGCAAGUUUCAUCGCGAAGUGUGCCAAGAUUACUCUGCAAGAGACCACUUAUUAGAGUUUGUGGGAAGAUCUAGUCAUCUUCCACCACGGCUGGUUAUAUGCAGUCUCAAAGCUUUGCACAGUAUCAUGUUCACGGGUUCGAAUGGCCAGUUCAGAUGCAUCAAACAGUUUUGGAGCAUUUGUUCUGAUUUUUUAUCAAUGAUUGGUAUUGGGGAUCCACAUCGUGUUGUUUUCCAUCUUCCUGGAGAGUCAAACCGGAUACACAUUUGCAAGCCUCUUUAUUCGGAUGGUGGUAGUGGCUUCAGUUUUCAUAUGGAUUCAGGUUUAUCUGAAGAGCUCUUAAUUGCAGUGAUGCAGCUUUUGAAGAAGUAUUUGAUGGAUGAAUCUGUCGAGAUAAUUGAGAUGGCAUCACAAGCAUUACGUGGGAUACUUUCAACUGAAAGGGGUCACCGAGCUUUACUAUCACUUGAUUCUUAUGAGAGGUCUAUACUCGAGGUUCAUUCCAAGGGUGUUAAUGUGGAGCUAGUUCAGAGUUCCUUAAUGGAUCUAGAAAGGAAGUUCAGUGGUCAAGCCUUUACAAUUGAGAAGACUUCUACAUGGGAGACUCGUGGAAAAACAUUUGAGACAUGGAUCUCUCAGCUAGUUUAUGCACUCAUUUAUUUUUGUGAUGAUACUAUCUUAAGGUUAUGCCAGGAUAUUGUGCUGCUGAAAGCUGAAGUUGCGGAGCUUCUUUUGUCAAAUGUUAUGGUCAAUCUUGCAAAGAGGAAGAAUUUAGACAUUGAUCUUUGCAAGCUGAUCUCCGUGAAGGUGGUGGAAGAGAUAGUUGUUGAAUCCAAUAGCUUAAUCAGAUCAGUUCAGGUUAUUUUGGAUGCACUCAAUGAACUUCGACUCUGUCAUGUAAUGGAGAGAGCUACUUCUGUUCCUUCUAAAACCGAAGGCUCAAAGCAUGCGAAGUCAUCUAGUUAUAGCUCAAGAUCUCGUUCUACACCACGUAAGGCAACAGACCAUACUGCAACAUCUACUCAACCACUCACUUCUACAUUAUGUUGGGAAAAGGUUUAUUGGCUUCCCAUUGACUACCUUGUUGUUGCUAAGUCAGCCAUUGGCUGUGGCUCAUAUUUCACUGCUGUGUUGUAUGUGGAGCACUGGUGUCAAGAGCAUUUUAGCUGCCUCACGUUAGGAAGUCCAGAUUUUUCCCAUCUAGAAAUGCUACCACACCACAUAGAAAUUCUAGUUGCAGCAGUUACCCAAAUAAAUGAACCAGACAGUUUGUAUGGGAUCAUCCAGUCUCACAAGCUGACAUCACAAAUAAUCACCUUUGAGCAUGAGGGUAACUGGAGUAAAGCUCUUGAGUACUACGACCUACAAGUACGAUCUGAGGCAUCGAUUGAGAUGGGUAAUAAUAGUUCCUGUGAUCCAUCCUUAUCUUCAUCUUCCUCCAAACCAGAAGAUGAAAUGAAACAAAGAAAACCACACAAAGGGCUGAUCAAAUCUUUACAACAAAUUGGUUGCACUCAUAUGUUGGAUAUGUAUUGCCAAGGGCUAAUGUACAAAAAAGGCCACUUUCAGGAUGACUUAGAGUUCAAUGAGCUACAGUUUGAAGCUGCUUGGCGUGCAGGAAAUUGGGAUUUCUCUGUACUGUCCAUGGACACUAGUUCUCCUAAGCCAAGUCAACGGAUCAGACAUAGCCGUUUCAACCAAAGGCUACACAGCUGUUUGAGGGCUUUCCACGAGGGAGAUGUGAGCGAAUUUAACCUGAACCUCAAAGAAUCUAAGCAGGAGCUUCUGUUCUCUAUCUAUCAUGCAAGUGAGGAGAGCACAGAAUAUAUUUAUUCCACUAUUGUGAAGCUCCAGAUUUUCUGUCAUCUUGGACUGGCCUGGGAUUUGCGAUGGGCAUGGUUGGAUGGGAAGAAAGAUAAUGACAGCGAGGCACAAAGAUUAUUAUCUGGACCUUUGAUUCCCAACAUGGACCAGUUGUCAUGGUUGAAUACGGAAUGGAGCUGCAUUCUGAAUCGUGCACAGUUACAUAUGAACCUGUUAGAACCGUUCAUGGCAUUCAGAAGAGUUAUGCUUCAAAUUUUAAGCUGUAAGGACUGUACUGUCCAACAUCUUUUGGAAUCUGCAUCUAUUCUUCGUAAGGGCUCUAGAUUUUCUCAAUCUGCUGCGGCAUUGCAUGAGUUUAAGUCCCUCUACAUUGGUAUGGGAGGAGAAGAUUCUAAACUCUAUUGGCUUGGAAGGGUUGAAGAAGCAAAGCUUCUGCGAGCCCAAGGUCAGCAUGAGAUGGCAAUUAAUCUUGCAAAGUACAUCUCUGAAAAUCGCAAAAUGAAUGAGGCGGCAGCAGAUGUAUAUCGUCUAGUUGGAAAAUGGCUGGCUGAAACACGUUCUAGCAACUCUAGGACUAUCUUGGAGAAGUAUCUGAAAAAUGCAGUCAACCUUGCUGACAAACACCAGUCAACAGACAAGAAGUCAGUUGCAAGACAAGGCCAAACACAUUUCCAGCUUGCUCAUUAUGCGGAUGCUCUUUUCCGUAGCUAUGAGGAAAGACUCACCUCUAAUGAGUGGCAAGCAGCAAUGCGCUUGAGAAAACAUAAGACAAAAGAGUUGGAUGCACUUUAUAGGCGAUUCAAGAAUUCAUCCAAGGGUGAUAAAACAGAUUAUUCAGUAAAAAUACAAGAGUUGCAAAAACAACUUACAAUGGACAAAGAGGAGGCUGAAAAGUUGCAGCAAGAUAGAGAUAAUUUCCUCAGCAUAGCAUUGGAAGGAUAUAAGCGAUGUCUAGUCAUAGCUGACAAAUAUGACGUUCGAGUGGUGUUUCGACUUGUAUCUCUGUGGUUUGGUUUAUCCACAAGACAAAUUGUUGUAGAUGGAAUGCUCAGUACAAUCAAAGAGGUGCAGUCUUGCAAGUUUAUACCCUUAGUAUACCAAAUUGCUUCAAGACUGGGUAGCUCAAAAGAUAGUCAGGGACCUAAUACUUUCCAGUUCGCUUUGGUUUCUCUAUUAAAGAAAAUGGCAAUCGACCAUCCAUACCACACAAUCUUUCAGCUUUUGGCACUGGCCAAUGGUGAUCGUGUCAAGGAUAAGCAACGAAGUAGAAGCUCAUUUGUGGUGGAUAUGGAUAAAAAGUACGCUGCAGAAACGCUCUUAAAAGAGCUAUCCUCGCACCAUGGAGCUGUGAUUAGACAAAUGAAACAGAUGGUAGAAAUUUAUAUCCGGCUUGCUGAACUGGAAACAAAACGAGAGGAUACCAAUAAAAGGAUGGCUCUACCAAGAGAAAUUCGCAGUGUUAAGCAACUUGAACUCGUACCUGUGGUGACAUCAUCUUUUCCGGUUGACCCUAGUUGUCAGUAUGAGGAAGGGUCAUUCCCACAUUUCAAAGGCUUAGCAGAUUCAGUCACGAUCAUGAAUGGAAUAAAUGCUCCAAAAGUUGUCGAGUGCCUUGGUUCGGAUGGUAAAAGAUAUCGACAGCUUGCGAAAUCAGGAAACGAUGACCUCAGACAAGAUGCUGUAAUGGAACAGUUCUUUGCAUUGGUGAAUACUUUCUUACAGAACCACCGUGAUACGUGGAAAAGAAGAUUAGGGAUACGGACAUAUAAGGUGGUUCCUUUUACUCCGAGUGCUGGUGUUCUCGAGUGGGUAAAUGGCACUUUACCUUUAGGUGAAUAUCUUACAGGAAGUACAAGAAGUGGAGGUGCCCAUGGGCGUUAUGGAACAGGAGAUUGGUCAUUUCCCAAAUGCAGGCAACACAUGGCUACAGAAAAUAACAAGCGCAAGGCAUUCCAGGAAGUCUGCGACAAUUUCAGACCAGUGAUGCAUCACUUUUUUCUAGAGAGGUUUUUACAUCCAGCUGACUGGUUUGAAAAACGACUUGCUUAUACAAGAAGUGUGGCAGCUAGUUCAAUGGUUGGUUACAUUGUGGGUCUUGGAGAUCGACAUUCCAUGAACAUCCUAAUUGACCAAGCAACUGCAGAAGUUGUACACAUUGAUCUGGGUGUUGCAUUUGAGCAAGGAUUGAUGCUAAAAACACCUGAACGGGUUCCCUUCAGGCUCACAAGAGACAUCAUAGAUGGUAUGGGAGUAACUGGAGUGGAAGGUGUUUUCAGAAGGUGUUGUGAAGAAAAUCUUUCAGUCAUGCGCACAAAUAAAGAAGCUUUGCUCACCAUCAUUGAAGUUUUUAUCCAUGAUCCUUUAUACAAGUGGGCCCUAUCACCCCUAAAAGCUUUGGAGCGCCAAAAGGAAACUGAUGAUGAUCUGGAGGCAAGCUUGGAGGAGUCUGAAGAAGGAUAUGAAGGAAAUAAAGAUGCAGCACGUGCUCUUUUGCGUGUUAAGCAGAAACUUGAUGGAUAUGAAGAGGGUGAAAUGAGAAGUGUGCAUGGACAGGUUCAACAACUGAUACAGGAUGCAAUCGAUCCUGAUCGCCUAUGCCAAAUGUUUCCUGGGUGGGCGUCUUGGCUCUAAUGUACAGGUUUUUUUUUGUACCGAUUUUACCCUUGUACAUCUUUUGAGGCUUUCCUUGUUUGGUGGGUGAGUACAUACGUACAGUUAUGAGUUUUGUCCUAUAUAUUCUACUUUCUGUACAGUCUACCUCUAAUGUAAGGUCUGAUGUUGUACCCAAGUUUUCCAUCAGCAUCUUCUUUGUUCCAUUCAAAAUGGAUGUAAAGGACUUAAGGC